AUGUCUUCCAUCAAGAAGGCCAUAGAGACUUGCGAUGCUGCUCUGGAUUUCCUCUCCCAGUCCUCGCAGGCAGAGGAUAUCCCUCCGGCGGAACUGGCGGUUAUUCGUCAAGACUUUCUGUCUUUAUUACUCCUGAUCUAUGGAUCUACAACCAAAAUUUCACUGGCUAUGAAGCCCAAAGCUUUCACGUAUGGUGCAGCACUCUCGCCGCUAAAGGACAUGUCAAAUCACAUCUCCGCGCUUGCGCACUGUACAGAUAUGUUGCUGCCCAAAAUUCACGGGGCCACUCUUGUCCAGGAAUUCAAUAACAUCUGUAGAGAUAUCAUCAAGUCAGUUAAAUCUCUCCUUGUUAUUUUUGACGUGUCCGAAACGCGCGUUCUUGAAUCGGGAGAUGAUUACCUCGUUAAAACCGGUGAAAUCCACCAUUUGAUUGAUAAAGCACGCUCGUCAUCCAGAGAUGGCUUGUCGGUUGACAAUCUCUCUGCUGUUCGAAAAAAAUGGCAGCGGGACAGUGGGCCCUUGGAUGAUGGUUUGAAGGAGCUCAGUGAUAUGAUUGAAUAUGACGCGGAUGAUGGUGAGGAUGGCGAGGACGAUGAAUGGGAUGAAUUGGGUCUAGGCUCUGUCAAGUGCCUCGAUGAACAGGAGCUUGAACGGGCAAAACAGGUUUACGCCAUCAUCCGUCUAUCAACGUUGUUACACAAACGAAUUUUGCAGGACUUUUUAUCGCCAUCACCUUCGUCGGCCCUUCCGAACUCAGAUCUCGACAAACUUGCACCAUGUUCAUCAGCCCUGUUGUCGGCCUCGGACGACCUUAUCUCUUCCUUCUAUCCUCCCCAAGAUCUGUCUGCAAUAGCUGCCGAAUUGAAUAACUUCCAAGAAAGCGUCGAUCGUCUCAAGUCAUCGCUCGACGCUGUCGUUGAUGGCCGAACACUACAAGCGCAGUUUGAUGCUCUCAACGUCAUCGACAAGGCUCCGACUUCGACUCUCACCAAGUGGUAUAAGACUUGUUUUGCACAAAUACAAAAAACCUCGCAGAACCUAUCGCAAUGCCUAUCAGCCAAUUCGGAGACUUGA